CAGAUAAUGAUGGACAGACAAAAAACGUGGGCCUUCUUCAUGUCAAACUUUAUUAUCAGAAAUACCUUGUUUUCAAAAAGCUGCUUGUACAGCUGCUAUUUUUCCUUCUAUCACCAUCAUCUUUGCUCUUAAAUUUAAGCAGCAUCAUCUAGGAUGAAAUAUGCCUAGUGCAUAGAAAAUAUAUCUGAACCUUCCAUGCUGGUUUGUAUCCAUUGACACUAGUUACAGAUUUUAUAAUUAGAUUAUUUACCUAAAAUGAGUUCACGAGACAAAUGUUGAAAGUUAAGUUCGGAACUGUUACAGUGAACAAGUGUGCAAAACUUUUUCCAAUCCACUGUGUGAAGAUGGAAGCUAUUUUCAUCUUCAGAAGCAUUCAUGGAUACAAGAAAUCGAAGAUUUUGAAGUGAUUUGUCUAAGAUAUCAGAAUACUACAAAAUACUGCACAGAAAUGCCGUUCUUAAAAUUUCAGCUUUAGUUUAUAACACCAAAUGAAGAAUUCCUUGGUUAUAGCCUUUUCCAUAACCAUAUGCUUCAUCGCUUUUGUGAUAUCCAAGAUUGUUAUCUCAGUCCUCCUCUACAAAAGAUGGAGAAGAAAACAUAUGAUCCAUGAAGAAGGAGGGAAGAUGGUAAUAUUUAGAUCCUUAUUGUCUAAAUCUCUCACAUCUGAUGUGAUCUUAAAGAAGACACAGAAACUGAACAACAAGGACAUCAUUGGAUCAGGUGGUUAUGGUGUGGUUUAUGAACUAAAACUAGAUGACUCCACAGCCUUGGCAGUAAAAAGACUAAACCGUGGAACUUCAGAGAGAGAUAGAGGUUUUGAGAGAGAGUUGGAAGCAAUGGCAGACAUAAAGCACCGCAACAUUGUGACUCUUCAUGGAUAUUACACUGCACCACACUACAAUCUGCUCCUAUAUGAGCUAAUGGCUAAUGGAAGUUUGGAUUCCUUUUUGUAUGGGAGAUCAAAGGACAAGAAGGUUUUGGAUUGGCCAACCAGAUAUAGAAUAGCUGUAGGUGCAGCUAGAGGAAUAUCAUAUCUUCACCAUGAUUGCAUCCCUCACAUCAUCCACAGAGACAUCAAGUCAAGUAAUAUAUUGUUGGAUCAAAAUAUGGAUGCCCGAGUUUCUGAUUUUGGAUUAGCCACGUUGAUGCAACCAAAUAAAACUCAUGUCUCAACAAUUGUGGCUGGAACUUUUGGAUACUUGGCACCUGAAUAUUUUGAUACAGGAAGAGCAACACUCAAAGGGGAUGUUUACAGCUUUGGAGUUGUUUUGCUAGAGCUUUUAACAGGGAAAAAACCCAGUGAUGAAGCAUUUAUGGAAGAGGGAACCAUGCUGGUCACAUGGGUGAAGGCUGUUGUUCGAGACAAGAAGGAGGAGUUAGUUCUUGAUAACAGCUUAGGGUCUUGUUCAAUGCAAGAGGUCAACAAGGUGUUCAACAUGGCAAUGAUGUGUCUUGAACCAGAUCCCUUGAAGAGGCCAACCAUGGCUGAAGUUGUCAGUUUGCUUGAGCAAACAGAACCAGACAAACUUGUUAUUAAUAUUUCAUCCUGAUGUUCCUAUCAAAACCAUCACUCUGAAGUUUCUGGAAAACCAUCCUACCAGCAGCGGUGGAGCUAGACUCCAAGUCAUGUAGUUUGGAAAUUCCAUGCUCAAGAGGGGUUAAAAUUAUGAAGAUGUGAAGAACUACAAAAUGUAUGGUAAAAUAUUGAAAUUUGGAGGGGGCUUGAGAUAUUAAGAGACUCAGCCACUACCUAGUGCUUAUCAGCUUCAACAAAAUUUGUGUAAUUAUACAGGAACUGAGAGAUUUUAAUAUACACCAUGACAUGAUUAAAUUCCAAUCCACCAAGUUGAAUGUAUCAGGACUAGGACCAACAAGAAGUAGCUUUGGUCAGAGAAGCACAGGUAUGAAGUGAUUCUAAUAAUGUUUUUCCUUCUAGGAGAAAUAGUAUAUCAGAAAUGGUCAAAGUAUAGUGACCAAAUCAAAUAUUUUAUAUCACUAGAAAUAAACACUGGAACUAAAUAACAGCUUCCAAUUGUAGCAUGCUUACAUAGACAUCAAGAGAAUAUAGGCCACAGCAAAACAUUUAAAGACUGAACCAUUACAUCAACAGACACUAAACCUUUUUAUUUGAGUACUUUUGACAAACCUUCAGCCACUGAACCUUUCAAGGAAGGAGAAACAGGA